AGGAGGUGAAGCUGGCAGGAAUGACGAAAGAGAUUGUCAUCCAUUUAACUUUUGUCUUCUUCUUGGUGGUAGUAUGCUAUGGAAACAAGACGCAGUAUCGUAUUAUGAUGACAACGACACUGCUUGAUCCAUUUGCUAAAUUUGACCUGGUAAGGAAGUAUUUUUAUAUAAUAACCUGCAAACAUCCCUGACUGGGCCUCCAUGAUUAUCAGCAAAAAAUGCGUUAAACGUGGCACUAAAUUUGAGACUACAAUCGGAGAAGACAUUAGUUGAAACACCUCGCCCUAAAGGGCCUUUCCAACGUUUUGCUAACUUAAAAAAUGGAAAGUAAAGCUUUCCCUCCCUCGUAUCCUCCAUACAACAUUAUGCCACUGUUCAAGCUUCCUGUAGAAAACAACAAACACCCCAAAUUUGUAUGGAGGGGCGGAGGAGGAGGUGUGGAUUGUUUUCUUCUACGAAGUUGCCCCAUUUGAGGACAAUGUCUCAAGGAUUUUGUCGCCGAUUGCAGAUUUAUCAAAUUUAUCGAUAAGUAUGCAGCUGAGAAACUCUUUCAAACGACCAAUAAAUUUAAGUGUACAUGCUUCAAACGCUUUAAUGAUGAGGAGCUUUGUACAGUUUCUUAACAAAGAGUAAGAAUGAACCCUUAAUUUUUUAUAUUUCUUACCCGCCAAUGUGUCGUUAUCCAUUAUGACUAUCGUUCGCGGAUUUUUUUUUUCAGGUAACAGGCAGUCAAAAACUAGAUGGUUGGCUAAGGCAAGAGUUUCUCCCAAACAUUUAUAACCGAUCAUGGUACAAUGGACUUCAGGAUGAAGACAUAUACAUUGGGAACAAGAUAUCCAUACUGAUUGGCAUGCCGUGGAUGAGACAAUUGAGGAUUAAAAGAGGCAAGUGAGUUGCAGCAAGCUAUUACCAUGCAUCAUGAACGAAACAAUCGGCAACAAAAUCAAAUUCCCUUAAACUGGUAGUUCAGUUUAUACGAAGGAAUACACUUGCCCACAUGUAGCCGGUGAAAAGCUGAUACGCCAAUCAACCUCAAAGCCUAAACAAUGACAGUGUUCUUUUUGUACCACUGAAUAUCUACUGUUGACACUUCUGCUGUUAUGGUGACGUACACGGAGAUGUCCAGUAACCGUCGCUCAUGUAGUACCUUCCGAAAGGAUCUCUAUAUAUACGAUUUUCUCAAUUCUAUCGAAAGGUGGCUCACUGGCACCAUCAACACCCAGCAAAUUUAAUGCUAUUCAGUUUGCGACUGCUUAAAAGGAGUCGUUUAUAAUAUCGAAGAAUUCUCUUUUUUUCCUUAUAUAUUUUGAAUUCUUCAUUCAUCAAAGAUGUUCCUUUUAACAAUAAAAUGUCAGAAUCAAAAAGCUCAUUGCAACUGUUAUGUUUUUUCCCAGAUUCUUGUAAGUCCCUUCCUGAACUUAUCCAAGACUGCUAUCACGACUACUCCAGCAAACACGAAGAAACCACACCCCUGCGUCUUCCAGGCUGGAAACCACUUCCUCAUAAUACGUCGUGGCCCGAGGCUCUAAACCUGUGCCCAAAACCUUGGCGUUACAAAACAAGUGAAGAGCUGAAUAAUAAUCCCAUUAAAGGUACCUACAACACUUAUGAAGGAGGUGGUUAUGUCGCCGUCUUGGGAUAUGACGAAGCAACUGCCCAAGGUGUCCUGGGGGAAACUUUCGGUCAUGGAUGGGUUGACCGCCAAACACGAGCAGUGAUCCUGGAGUUCGCGGUGUUCAACGUGAACACGAACCUCCUCAGCAUUGCCACGUAUUUUUACGAGGUUAUCGCCACCGGUGCCGCCUAUACUACUAGAAGGGUUGACACAGUGGAGUUGUACACAACAGAGUCUGGCGCUCUGCUGUUCUACCUAAUUUGCCAAUUUCUUUUCAUGGCCAUGGCGCUUUAUUACUUUAUCUUAAUGUUAGUCCAUCUUUACCGACAACGACUUGGAUUUUUCAAAUCAGUUUGGAAUAUGGUUGAUUUCUUAAUGAUCAUUUCCUCUGUAGCGUCAGUGGCGUUUUAUAUGAUUCGAUCCAAGACUGUUCUAAAGAGCAUCAAAGCCAUUCGGAAUAAUCCCUAUGAAAUUGUACAUUUUCAUGCUGCUCUUGAUUGGGCCAACUGGGAAAACAUUGCAACUGCUUUUGCUAUUUUUAUGGUUACGGUUAAGAUGCUGAACCUGAUCCGUUUUAACCCUUAUGUCAUAUACUUAUUUUCAUCUUUCCGCCAGUCUGUUGGCUACCAGUUGUCCUACGUGGGUUUCUUCGUGAUCAUCUUUAACGCUUUCGUAAUAUCGGGAAUGAGGUUUUUCGGCCGUACAGUGGAAGAGUAUUCCAGCUACAUCAAUUCCGUAAUGUCUCAGUUUGAGUUUCUUCUGGGAAAGGCUGUCCCACUGAGUGGCCUUCGAAGUGAGAAUCCAUUCUUGGGGCCUUCGUUCGCUUUCAUGUACAUGUUAAUGAUGACUGUAUUCCUUAUGAAUAUGCUAGUGUCUGUUCUUAACGAGUCCUACUCUGAUGCAAAAGCAAACGCAGAAGAGAGUGCGGAGGAACUUGAGAUGGCACGCUUUAUUGGGGAGAGAUUUAUGGAAGUUUUUAAGGGCAACAAAAAGCGGCCCGAAUUCAAGUUAUACUGUGAUGAAGCAACAUUUGUCAAUAUGUGUCAAUCGGAAGCGGAACCCUUUUGUUUAAAUUCUGAAAGUAUCAUUAAGUGUACGGAAGAGAGGCUGGAAAAGGUUGAGAAAAGACUCUUUGUUCUAUCUCGACGUGCAGAAAAGAUGAAUACUUCUCAUGAGCAGGAGGAAACGGACUUCCUCGACCUCCUCCAAACAAUGGUGAAUCUUAGGACGGGUUAA